AGGAGUCCGAGGGAGGGUCUGGGGGGCUCUGAGGGCUCGGUGGCCGCCAUGGACUCCCCGGAGCCCCUCGGGGACUACAACUCCCACCAUGCCCCGCGCACCGGGGCGGAAAUGCCCUCACUUCCCAUCAUGCCCCGCGGUACCGAGGCGGAAGCGCCUCUCGUUCCCACCCCCAGGAACUCCAUUUCCCGUCAUGCCCCGCGCCCGCCACCGGAAAUCCAGAACUACCCGCUCCGAGACGGCUUCGGCCCCGCUCCUGCUCCCUGAUCCCGGUCCUUGAUCCCAAAUCCCUAUCCCAGAAGUGAAGCCUUUGUUUCCUGCGGGACCGAGGCCCAAGUGUCGCUCCGUCACAUACUUAGAACUACAUUUCCCAUCAUGCACCGCGCCCAGGAUAGGAAAUCCGGCCUCGCCUCAGGAGCUGCCCGGGCCGAGGUCGCUCCGGUCCCGCUCGCACUCUCAGUCACAAUCCCUUUUCCCGAUCCCGAUCGUUGAUCCCAAUCCCGGGCGCGAAGCCAUCCCGGGAACUCCAUUUCCCAUCAUGCCCCUCCACUCUGAACUCCAUUUCCCGUCGUGCCCCGCGGCCAACGCCGGAAACCCAGACCCUCUCCUGUCCCACUCCCGCUCCCCGAUCCCAAAUCCCGCUCCCAGAAGCGAAACCGUUGUUUCCCGAUCCCAAUCCCGGGAGCGAAGCCCUGCGAUGGAAUCCCGGGACGGAUCGCUACCAUCCCGGGAACUCCCAUUUCCCAUCAUGGUCCCCUCGCAUCUCUGAACUACAUUUCCCAUCAUGCCCCGCGCCCGGCCCCGGAAAUCCGGCGCCGCCUGAGGAGCCGCCCGGGCCCCUCAUCCCAAAAAUCCCCGAAUAAAAAUCCCGAAUCAAAUCCCAAAUCCCGGCCCGGCGGCCCCGCCGGCGCCAUGGGGUGCACGCUGAGCGCCGAGGACAAGGCGGCGGUGGAGCGGAGCAAAAUGAUCGACAGGAACCUCCGCGAGGACGGCGAGAAAGCGGCCAAGGAGGUGAAGCUGCUGCUGCUCGGCGCGGGCGAGUCCGGGAAGAGCACCAUCGUGAAGCAGAUGAAGAUCAUCCACGAGGACGGCUAUUCCGAGGAGGAGUGCCGGCAGUACCGGGCCGUGGUUUACAGCAACACCAUCCAGUCCAUCGUGGCCAUCGUGCGCGCCAUGGGCCGGCUGCGCAUCGACUUCGGGCACCCGGCUAGGAGUGACGAUGCCCGGCAGUUGUUUGUCCUGGCGGGCAGUGCCGAGGAGGGGACGAUGACGGCCGAGCUGGCCGGGCUGAUCCAGCGCCUCUGGAGCGAUCCCGGCGUGCAGGCCUGCUUCGGCAGAUCCCGGGAAUACCAGCUCAACGACUCCGCCUCCUACUACCUCAAUGACCUGCAGAGGAUCUCCCAGCAGAGCUACAUCCCCACCCAGCAGGACGUGCUGCGCACCAGGGUCAAAACCACGGGCAUUGUGGAGACCCACUUCACCUUCAAGGACCUCUACUUCAAGAUGUUUGACGUGGGGGGGCAGCGCUCGGAGCGCAAGAAGUGGAUCCACUGCUUCGAGGGCGUCACUGCCAUCAUCUUCUGCGUGGCCCUCAGCGACUACGACCUGGUGCUGGCCGAGGACGAGGAGAUGAACCGGAUGCACGAGAGCAUGAAGCUCUUCGACAGCAUCUGCAACAACAAGUGGUUCACCGACACCUCCAUCAUCCUCUUCCUCAACAAGAAGGACCUGUUCGAGGAGAAGAUCCGCAAGAGCCCCCUCACCAUCUGCUACCCCGAGUACUCAGGCUCCAACACGUACGAGGAGGCGGCCGCCUACAUCCAGUGCCAGUUCGAGGAGCUGAACCGGCGGCGGGACACGAAGGAGAUCUACACGCACUUCACCUGCGCCACCGACACCCGCAACGUGCAGUUCGUGUUCGACGCCGUCACCGACGUCAUCAUCAAGAACAACCUCAAGGAGUGCGGCCUCUACUGAGGGAGCGCCGGGAACGGCGCCGGGAACGGCACCGGGAAUGAACGGCGGCCCCGGAGCGGGAGAGGCGUCGGCACAACCUCCCUGCUUCCCGGGGACCUGCCCGGGCACCGGGAUUUGGGGAGUGGGGGUGGAGCCUCCUGGGAUGAGGUGGAGUCUUCUGGAAUGGGGGUGGAGCCUCUCGGCAUCGCUGGAAAAUGAGAUCUGCCUUUGUUCCACCGGGAUUCCAGCGGGAUUCCAAUGGGAUUUCAGUGGGAUUCCAACAGCAUUCCAACCAGAUUGCAGCCUGAUUCUGGCCAGAUUCCAGCCCUUGGAUUCCAGCAGGAUUCCUGUGGGAUUCCAGCCUGAUGAUUCCUGUGGGAUUCCAACCAGAUUCCAGCCCUUGGAUUCCAGCCUGAUUCCUGUGGGAUUCCAGCCUGAUUCCAGUGGUAUUCCAGCAGGAUUCCAGUGGGAUUCCAGCCUGAUGAUUCCUGUGGGAUUCCAACCAGAUUCCAGCCCUUGGAUUCCAGCUGGGUUCCAGCCCAAUUCCGACCAGAUUGCUGCCAGAUCCCAGCCUGAUUCCAGUGGCACUCCAGCCAGAUUCCAGUAGGAUUCCAACCAGAUUCCAGCCCAAUUCUGGACAGAUUCCACCUAGAUUCCAGCCCUUGGAUUCCAGCCCAAUUCCAGCCUGAUUCCAGUGGCAUUCCAACCAGAUUCUGACCAGAUUCCAGCCCUUGGAUUCCAACUGGAUUCCAGCCCAAUUCCAACCAGAUUGCAGCCAGAUUCCAGCCUGAUUCCAGUGCAAUACCAGUAGGAUUCCAACCCAAUUUCAGCCUCAUUCCAGUGGGAUACCAUCCUGAUUCCAGGGGCAUUCCAACUAGAUUCCAGCUCUUGGAUUCCAGAUGGAUUCUCACCAGAUUGCAGCCUGAUUCCAGCGGGAUUCCAGUGGGAUUCCAGCCAGAUUCCAGCCCUUGAAUUCCAGCUGGAUUCCAGCCCAAUUCCAAGCAGAUUCCAGCCUGAUUCCAGUGGCAUUCCAGCCUGAUUCCAGUGGCAUUCCAAGCAGAUUGCAGCCCUUGGAUUCCAGCCUGGUUCCAGCCCAAUUCCAGCCUCAUUCCAGCCUGAUCCCAGCCCUUGGAUAUGUAGCUCUCUCUUCCUUUUUUCUCCCCCAUCCCUCUGUUUUUUUAAGGUUAUUUUGGGUGGUUUUGUUCCACGCAGGAAACUUUCCCUUCCCUAAACUUUGUUGCUCUCAGCCUUGUUUUAAAAAUAAUAAUAAAAAAACCAAGAAUAAUUAAAAAAAAGACCCAAAAAAACCCCACCAAAAAAACAA